AUGCCCAUGCCGCCUUUGUUGCAAUUCUAUUGGCUCUCCGUCAUUGCGGCCACAUCGGCUUUCAAUGUUUCGGUGAAGGGCUUUGGGCCACCACGGCAUUUCGUCCCUGCCUCCAGAGACUUGUCGUCGGAGUUGGAACAUGUGGCAAGCAAAUUCAGGCUCUUGAGUUGGAACAUUCUGGCACCCACGUGGGACAAUUUAGGCGUCAAAGAAUCCAACUGGCAAGCCAGGUUUGCUCGCAUCGUGCAAGAGAUUCGUUUGCGGAGGCCGGACGUCAUGGUUUUGCAAGAGGUGGAGGUGUUGAUCUACGAUGAGCAAGUACAGCCCUUCAUGAAAGCUCGUGGUUACCAGGGUGUAUACACAGGGAUAGAUGCUGGAAUCGGGCUGGCGGUGUUCUGGCGCACGUCCAAAUUUGCGUUGAGCACCGCUACGGAUUUUGACCUGACCACAACAGCCUUAACUCCUUGGCGUUCACUCUUCAACGAAGACUUCAAUAAGGAGCAGCGAGAGAGAUAUUUAACCAGGAAAAAUGUCGUCUUAUUUGUCACACUGAGAUGCCUAGGGCAGCAAGUUCACUCGCAUGCAAUUCUGAUUGGCGCAAUACAUUUGACAGCCAAUCCGACAUCCUCCCUGCCUUUGAGGACGGAUAUUCAGCUUUAUGAAACCAACGUAUUGUUGGAUGCGAUGCAUCAAAUCUUGCGUGAGGAACGAUUGAAGCACAAGAGCUUGAGUUGCAUUUUGGCAGGUGACUUCAAUGUCCCGCCCUUCUUUCCAGAGAGUGCCUUUGAGCGGCUCAGCCAUCAAAUCAAAAACCCCGCUGAGACUUGGUCGAUGCCGGAGAUUGAAGACAUCUCACUUCCGAGUCCUGUUUAUGAAUUGCUGACAAGGGGGAAUUUGAGCGCCGAAUCGAUUGGAUUCCUCAUGACAGCGAUCAAGGCAUCCGGCUUCCAUCCGUCCAAGCUGCUGCAAGGCUCGAUCUACGAGAUGUUGGUCCUGGACCGAUCACCCCAUGUCUUUGUCAGUGCAUACUCGGACGUGAUUGGAACGGAGCCCAUGACGCAUGAAGGGGGCACGUUAGACUUUGUUUUCUAUAUGCCGGAGCAGCGUGAGUAUUUGAGCAGCAGUCCGUUGAAGACGGACUCUCAUUUGAAUGAUGCGAGCAACGAGUACAGUGAGGAAGAGCUCAACAUUGCGACGGAGAGCUUUGACAAGAAAUGUUUGCUUGGUUCAGGCUCCUUCGGGCAAGUGUACAAAGGUACUAUGAAGGAUGGUACUGAAGUCGCCAUCAAGGUCUUGCAGGUGCCAAACGAAGGCGGCUUCGAAGAGGAGGUGAGAGUCCUUUCGCGCUUUCGCCAUCCCAAUUUGGUGAUCCUCAUGGGCUUCGCCAGGCAUGCUGAGACGGGGUGGAGGAGCUUGAUAUAUGAGUUCUUGUCUGGUGGAGAUGUGGCGAAGCGAAUUGCUGGAAGCCGCCAGAAGAAAGAGCCCUUUAGCGGCCAGCUGCGGGUGAGCGUGGCUUUGGAUGCGGCCUGCGGGUUGUCGCACUUGCACAACAUGACACCCAGGGCUUUCCAUCGAGAUAUCAAGUCCCAGAAUAUCCUGCUGGACAAGUACGGUACAGCGAAGAUGGCGGACUUUGGAUUGGCUUGUUUGUCAAGUGCACCACAUCACAAAGUCCGCAGGGUUGGGGGCACAGUGGGCUACGCAUGCCCCGAGUACCUCCGUACGGGGGUCAUCUCCGAAGGUAGCGAGGUGUACAGUUUUGGAAUCCUCCUCUUGGAGUUGCUCACUGGUGUUCCUCCGGCAGUCUGUUGCGCAGACCGUCCAGGGGAAUACAAGUUCCUAGUCGAUUUUUUGCAAGGCAGCCAGGAGAAGGUCCAGCAAAUGCUCGACCCGACUGCUGGAUUCUCGACCAAAGUCUUCGAGGUGCUUUGCUCAAUUGCUUUUCGCUGCAUCAAUUCCCGUUGCCGGCCACUUUUUAAGCAGCUGGUGGAGGAGCUUCGCCACCUGCACUCAGAUGCUCCUGAUGUACCUAGAGCUGCUGAAACUUCAGCAGCCUCUCAAGCCUCAGUUGGGCAAUGGUCUUCUUCAGCAUUGUGCGUGGGUGCUGCUGUUGAGGUGAGGUGGCGUGGAGGAAAUCAGUGGUACCAAGGCUGGAUCCUUCGCCAAAACCCUGACAGCACUGCCGCUGUGAAGUACAAUGAUGGCCAACUUGAAGAUCAUGUGCCAUUGUCUUUCUUGCGACUGCCCGGAAGUCAAGUUUCUCCGUCUCCGCCUUCACAUCCAACUGCUGCAUCCAGUGUCGCAGAGCUUCCGCAGUGUCAGCUGAAGUGUGUGUAUGCUGAGGGAGUCACCGACACCCGUACGCGGUAUCUCAUCAAAUCGGCACCAGGCAGCUCGGAGCUGUUGGUGGGGCGAACUGCACAGCUUCCCUCCUUCUGGGACUUCCUCGUCCCUGAGAAAGAACUCCAAAGCAGGGUUUCACGCAAGCAUUUCAAGAUCCUUUGCCGACAGCACCAGCUUGCUGAUGGACAGAAUCAUCCGGUAUUGUUUCUGCAGUGUUUGUCUCCAAAUGGACUAGUUCUGAAUGACGAGUUUCUUGGGCCUGACGCUGGAGAGAAGCAGAUACAAGAUGGGGAUACCAUCGCUUUAGCCAGCUGCAGAUUGGAUGCAGGGACUGAAGAGACUUUCUCAUCAGCAGCUGGAUGGGCUGUGCCGAAGCCAUUUCUGGUCUUUGAGCUUGAGGUUCCGGACCCCAAGCGCAAGCACUCUGAGAAUCAGCAGGCGCUGUUGUCUUCGCGGCAGCAACCUCACGGAGAACCAGUGCAAAGAUCCACAGGUGUUGAGGUCUUCAAUUCAGCCUACUUGCCGUGGGAUUCGGCGCGGCUAGGACUUGGUGAGACAACCAAGGAGCUUUGUGUUACAAGUGGCACGGUCGCAAGUAAUUUCACCUGCUGCCCGUUGCCUCUUUUUGUGGCGCUGCCAACCAAGGGCAGCGUGCGAUGCGAGCCGCGCCUUGGCGUUCAAUUUCGCCAUUUUCACAGACAUCUUUAUCAGUCACCAACACACAGCAAAUAUCAGAAGCAACCGAUGAUGGGGUGAACCAGUGAAUCGGAAGAGAGCCUCUCAAAUCUCUUGCUGAAUUUGUGGCAUCGGAGCCACCCAGCUCUGAGGCCAAUCCCCCAGUGCUUGAGAUCGAGCUCAUGACUCGUGACUGAAGAUGCUAACGUUUGCCCAGAGGUAAGGAUGCGACUAAAGACUCGGUCACA